UUUUUGAAGCAAUGCUAAACGAAACGAGUAACGACGCGAGCUGUGUUUUCAGUUUCACGGCGGCAGCCUUCACGAAAACCUGUGAUUUCUGGUUGUAUAGCCUGUAAAUUUAGUGUUUCUUGCCGUCGGGUCAGGUAGCAGUCCUUUCUUUUACGUUACAACCAGUUAUGUUUUUCUUGGAACGGGCCCUUUUGCAUGUAUUUGUGGCACACAAUGCCAAGUUUUUCCACAGCUCUUGAUAUUUUUUAACAACCACUUACUUUGAGUUUUUGGAUAGCUAUAGUCAUACAGCAGCCAUCCAUUCUUGCAAAGCUUGUUUUCAACCAGACUAAAGAUUUUGAGAGGCCAUUUGUGCAUUUUGUUUUAGAAUUAGUGAUGUUUUGUUUAAAACGGAUUGUAAUUGUCCUGUGAUAUAGUAGGCUGUGUAUUUUUUAAAGCAUGAAAUGAUUAUAGCUCCCGUUGUCGGCGAACUAGCGUAUCUAAUGUGGUCCUGUACAAGGGGUUGGGGUCCAGAGACCGCAUUUUCCUAAGUUUUGACUGGUUGCCCGGAUGAUGUCGUUUUGCUCUCUCAACGAUGCCAGGAUGUUCUCGUUUCGUUCUCGCCCCAUUCUCGUCUUGAGUGCCCGGAUAACCGCUCUGGAUUUUGGCUCAAGGUCUCUUGAAGGUCGCCGACAACGGGAGCUAAAAGCAUUUCAUGCUUAAAAAUCGAUGACGUCAUCUCAGUACGCCUUUAACGCAUUGACGUCCACCACGUGAUCCUGUGGUUACGAGUGUAAAAUAACCGGUGCCUCGCUAUCUUUCUCCCGGCUGUUGGACAUAUGGCGCGAAACGGCAGGUAGCUCCCCCUUGCGACGUUCUGACAAACAACAUGGCGUCUCCACCGGCGGCAGCAGACGAAACUCGUGAGCCCCGAGCCAAGUACAGCCGCAGCCAGCUGGACAGGCUGGAAGACGUGUUCCGCCACCAGCAGUUCAUCGACCCGCAGCAGACUCUGCAACUCUCCUGCGAACUGGGCAUCUCCGUCAAGCAGACCAGGACGUGGUUCCAGAACAAGCGUGCCAUGCUCCGGAGACGGGCAAUCAAGGUUGCCGGCAGCAGCUACGUGCCAAACCUGCAGCUGCCGGCAGGGCUCCCAAGACGCACCCGACACCACCGGUUUCACCGCGAUACAACCGCCGGUCGGCGUCGCCCGCGGCUGUGCCACCUGCGACCACGGUCGUCUGUCCCGGACUCCAGGUGCGGUCGCAGACUCUCGCGGGAACCGAGACCCAACCGCAGCAGAGCCUGCCAUCGCUUGGUUCUUUUCCCGCAGGGCCCGACUUCCUCACGGUUCCGCAGCUACGAUGGGACGGCAGAGUGUCUCCCACGACACCGUCAUCUCCGUCUCCAGCGAUGAGCAGCGGCGACGAGGAAUUCCUGUCCGCGUCGCUGGAACUUAGGCCUAACGUGGCGGCACCCGCUAACCGACAGUUCGGCAGCUUCGAUUCGCUCUGGCCAAGCAGGCAGCCGCCACCUCCUCCGCUGACCUCGUCCCUCAGCCAUUCGGCGCCGUGCGUAUCGCUCGGCGGGAGCCAGCCAGGGCUCGACUACGUCCAGUACCGACAAACGCCCUCAAGCAUCUCGUCUCCUGCAAGUAUGUGGCAAGGACAGCCGCAGGGGCAGCACGUGCAAGUUCCUCGGCGACCAGUGAGCGACGUCCAGCAGCGGGACUGGUGGUCGCCAUCUUUACAGACGAACGACGCAGGCGCCAACUCCGCAGGGAACUCCGAGCUCGUACCCAGCAUCGGCAGUCUGACGUCUCUCGUGCUGGAGUUGGAAGCAGCCGCCAUCGAAGGCGGAGGAGACAGCGGCCCUGGCACUGGUUGAAGGUUGCGGACGCGCGAUGAUACUCCGGACGUGCGAUCGGACGUACCACUUGUCUCACCAAAGAUCGUAUGCAUCCGAAAACGGUGCUAACAAUCAGAGAAACGCGACUAAACCUUAACUCUUCCUGGUCCAAUGAUUCCUGUAGGAGUCGUAAUGGUUUUUUUUUUACAGCAAAUAUCCGGCUUCAAUAAACUUAAACGGCCGAACGGAUUUUCAGAAACGUGAGUGUAAGCGCUGCUAGUGCAUAA